UCCUUUCCGGCUUCGGCAUACUGCAUGGUGAUGAAGGCCUUGUGGUUAGUUGUGGUCUUAGGGGAGCAGCAUAGCCUUGGAGAUGGAUAAGUUGGAGUGAUUUUGUACGGGCGUGCGAGAGUGAGAGAGCACACCCGCCGUGGUGAUGUUUGGCUUGUUGUGGGCUGUCUCUCAGCAUACGCCCGUUUGGACAACGUGCUUUGUGUAUGUGUUCAAUCAAUGUACAUCUGUCUGGUCGGAUUUGCGGUACAUCUCCCUCCUGCCUGCUCCUACGACCUCUUAGCUGCUCCUCAGACCUGCUCCUCAGACCUGCUCCUCCUACCUCCUCCUCAUCCAGAGCUUCCUGAACAUCAUCCUCUUGGUCAUGAGGGGUCUUCUCGCCCUAGUUCUCCUCGGGGGGGUGCUGGCCGUCGGAGCGGCUCCAGGAGCACGCAACAGUUCAGCUCUGACCAGUCCAGCUGGGACUCGUGCAGAGCGGAUCAACUUCUGCCUGGACGGCUGGGACAAUUUCCGUGGUGACUGUUUCUACCUGGAGAACAAUCCUGCAAGCUGGGGCACAGCAGAGAGACUAUGUGCAGAGCGGGAGGGCAGCCUGGCAUCGGCCCACAGCGCCUUGGAGUACCACUACCUGCAGCGCCUGGCCCAGAAAGGAGGCCACACCUUCGCCUGGCUGGGGGAUACCACUUCCUGGGUGAGUGGCGGUGGGAGGGCGGAAGUCCCUUCGACUAUGUCAAUACGGAGUCCGACGUCUCCCCCAGCGAAAACCAGUGUCUCCUCAUCAACACGGAAGGGAACAAGGGAUGGUCCAACCACCGCUGCAACAACUUCUUCCCCUACAUCUGUGAGAUGAGAUCCAGCUGCUAGCCCACCGGAGGAGUGUCGCUCACAUCUGGAGCUGGUGCUGACUGCUCUUCAUCCAGAUGUUCCAACCAAACAGUUUAGAACACACUUCAUGAGACAUCCUAUCUCUGAAGUUACUAUUCUGCACAACCACUAAUAAAACUAUAUACAUUCUACUACCUGUGUCCAGAAGUUUAAAACCUACUGCCUACUAUUAAUACCUGCACUAGCGUCUGCUGAACUAGUUUGAACAAAUUAUUUGAUUAUCUGUUGUAAAGCUAACAUAACAAGAAAGUGAUAAAAUACACAUUU